AUGACACCGCCUACAAAAGCAGUGAAACGGGCCACUCGUUCUCCUUUGACUUCGAUGGAUGAUGAUGAUGAUGAGGCGCUAGAGUUGCAAGUUGGGGGAAAUGUGGGCUUGUCCGUUGCAACUGUAGCAAACAUCGUGCGUAGCGAAAUUCAGCGAGGGAUAGCCCCGGUGGAGCAGCAAUUGGCGACCUUGCAAUCAGCGUUUGGGGACAGGCUGGGACAAUUGGAAAGUUCAGUGUCCGCUCAGGGCUCUCGUAUCCAGAAGCUUGAGCAAGUCAUGGCCAGUGCUGAUGGCACACCAAGAUCAAAUGCGUCAGACCACUCUGCAAAAAUCGAGAAGCAAAUCAGCGAUUUGUUUGCUCAAAUGGAAUUGCUGAGAGAACCUCCUGUCGCCAUCCAGCAUGAUUACACAAGAACAAUGGUUGUCGGAGGGCUCCAAGGCCUCACGUCUUUGCAGCAAGCCACGUUAUGGUUGUCCAAAACGUUGAACUCGCUCAGUGGCCCAUCACAUGUCGGAACCUACAUGAAGUCCAAGGUCUUUCAAGGGCUGAUGUUUGCAAAGUUCAAGUCCACAACGGAUCGAGACAUUGCAGUCGCUUUGCUUCGUAGCGCUGAAUUGACCGAAGCCGGCAACAGGGUCUGGGCGACGCAGGAUCUCCCGUUAGAGAAGCGAACUCGCAAGACAUUCCUACUUGGUCUGAAAUGGCAGCUGGGCGAAUGGGGUUUCAUGAAACGAGAGAUUGAAAUCGAUGAUGAUUAUAGUCAGCUCAAAGUGGGUUCUUCCGUGGUCCUCACGCUAUCCAUCGUGGGUACGCACAUGCAAUGCAAUUGGGUAGAUACAUGGGCGCAAUGGGAGGAUCUGCAGACAAGCGAGGAACUCAAGCAGCUCUUAGCCCGUGCAAGCAACUCCUUACAGAAGAUGGGUGGGGCCAAGGGUCGUGGCAAAAGCAAAUCGGGAGUGGCCGAGGUUCAGCAGGCGUUGCUGUUCUAUUGCAUGCUCAUCAUGUGCAACAUGUCAAAAGAGUUUCGGCCAUUGGCUGGCUCCCGGACAAUCCGAGUUCUUAUCAUGCAAUUCUUCGAGAUAAACUUCAACAAAAACAGCCAGACAAUAUUCUCGAUUUGGAAGAUGUGGUUAUCGCAUCCGCAAUGGAAGUCAAUGCCCCUUCCUGUCGUGCUCCUGACCUCGAAGAGCCAUGGGCGAAUGAUAAUUUUCAGCUUCUUCUCCGACGUCGUCGUGAUUGCAAAACUGUUGCUGAACGCGCACGUCUUUCCAAACAAAUUCGGAAGGUCCUUCGAGCGCACCAGCGAUUUUACCUCGUAUCUUCGUGGUAUAUUCUCUACCGACAGUGCCUGGGAGCAGACCUCGCACUCUUCAUUUGCGGAUAUCUUGCCAUUUUCUUUGGAGGAGUUGCAGGCCGUUCUGAAGCGCAUGAAAAAUCAGCGAGGGGCUGAUGACGGUGGUCUUGUCGUUGAGAUGUUCAAAUUUGGUGGCCGAGAUCUUCACCAAUGCUUGCUUCAAAUUUUCAACAACAUGUUGGCCAGUGGCAGAUUGGAAUCUUCGUGGCAACAUUCCCUCUUCAAAAUGUUGCCGAAACCCGGUGAUUCGUCUAUGGUAGCAAAUUGGAGACCAAUCGCAGUUCUCAAAAUCACCUACAAGAUCUUUUCGAAGCUCGUACAUACGAGAAUCCAAGAUCUACUGGAGCGUGAACAGAGUUGGGAUCAAAUGGGUUUCCGGUCAUUACUUGGAGUGGAUCACGCGCUUGCUGUUCUUGACACGGUUUUGUCCAAAGCUGUGGAGUGGAAUUUCGACGUUUGGUGCGCCAGUCUGGAUUUGAAGAAGGCCUUUGACCGCAUCGAGUUCAAACCACUUUUCGAAGCAUUGCGAUGUCAGGGUUUGCCCGACUGCUACAUCAGCCUAUUGCAAACAUUGUACCGCUCACAAUCUGGAUCAGUGAAAAAGGGUUCCCCAUUUGACGUCGAACGCGGGGUGAAACAGGGAGAUGUUAUGUCGCCCGCUUUGUUUAACGCUGGAUUGGAGCACGCUUUCCGACAGUGGAAACAACGACUGAUGGAGCAUGGUCUUGACGUUGGAGCAGUCGAACGACUCACAAACAUCCGAUACGCUGAUGACAUCAUGAUUUACGCAAAAUCUUGGCAGGAGCUUGUAUAUAUGAUCGAAUGCCUCGUACAAGAACUUGGAAAGAUCGGUUUGCAUUUGAAUGCAUCAAAAAGCCGAAUUAUUACUACAGCCCACAUAGACGGACCCAUGUACAUCAAUGUUAGCGACGACAUGGUCGAGGUAUUGACUGCAGGCGACGUUCACAAAUACUUGAGACGACAUAUCAGUGCAGAUCCUCGAUGCCGCAGUCAGACAGAACUCAAACAUAGGUUCCAAGUGGGAUGGGCAAAGUUUCGCAAACACCGCCAUAUUCUUACAAACAAACAUGUGUCCAUCGCAUUGAGAUUGAAAUUUUUCGAUACAGUAUUGACUCCAACCGUUCUGUUUGGAUUACACGUAUUGCCGUUGACUCUGUCACAAAUUCAUACACUGGAUGCAUUGCAACGACGAAUGCUUCGCUCUGUGGUUGGCUGGGUGCGAGUUGCAAACGAAGAUUGGCACAACACUAUGAGUCGGAUGAAACACAGACUGACUGCAGCGCUACACAUACACCCUGUGGACACCUGGUCUCGCCAGCUUGCGCGACGUCAGUACAACUUCGCUUUCCAAAUGUUGCGAAUUCCCAAUUGGGCCGCGGCUGUUGUCAAAUGGUGUCCAGAAAGCAACUGGCAAGCAAAUUUUGCUUUACAACUACAUCGUCGACCCGGUCGCCCGCUAACGAAGUGGGAUGAUCGACUCCGCAGUUUUGCAGCCUGUAAUUUUCCAGCGGUGAAUACGUGGACUGAUAUUGCUGAAACAGCAAAUUGGCCGCCCGCUGCAAGCCAGUACGUACAAAGCUUUACGAAUGUAUAG